CCGGCGGGCUCCACCCGGGCCAUGGAACUGCUCAAGCCCAACCGGAGCCUGCACGCAUCCGAAGCCGGACCCGGCCUGGGAGCCACUCUGUGCCGCCCGGAUGCCCCCCUCGUCAACGGCAGCAGUCCCAGCAACCUCAGCUGUGAGCUCCCGCGCAUCCGAGGAACGACUACAAGAGAACUGGAACUGGCCGUUAGAAUCACUCUGUAUGCUGUGAUCUUUCUGAUGAGCGUCGGAGGCAACGUGCUCAUCAUCGUGGUCCUGGGAUUGAGCCGCCGGCUGAGAACGGUCACCAAUGCCUUCCUGCUGUCCCUGGCAGUCAGCGACCUCCUGCUGGCCGUGGCUUGCAUGCCCUUCACUCUCCUGCCCAAUCUCAUGGGCACAUUCAUCUUUGGCACGGUCAUCUGCAAGGCGGUUUCCUACCUCAUGGGGGUGUCUGUGAGUGUGUCUACCUUAAGCCUUGUGGCCAUCGCCCUGGAGCGGUACAGCGCCAUCUGCCGACCACUGCAAGCGCGGGUGUGGCAGACACGUUCCCACGCAGCUCGUGUGAUCUUAGCCACUUGGCUGCUGUCUGGAUUGCUCAUGGUACCCUACCCCGUGUACACUGCUGUGCAGCCAGUGGGGCCUCGCGUGCUGCAGUGCGUGCAUCGUUGGCCCAGCGCACGGGUCCGCCAGACCUGGUCUGUCCUGCUGCUCCUGCUCUUGUUCUUUGUCCCUGGUGUGGUUAUGGCUGUAGCCUAUGGGCUUAUCUCCCGAGAACUCUACUUAGGGCUUCGCUUCGACAGUGAAAAUGACAGUGAAAGCAGGGUCCGGAUCCAAGGAGGACUGUCAGGUGGAGCUGCACCAGGUCUUGUCCACCAAAAUGGGCGGAACAAACCUGAGACUGGCCUGGCUGGUGAGGAGAGCGAUGGCUGCUAUGUACAACUUCCACGUUCCCGGCCUGCCUUGGAGCUGACAGCACUAACAGCCUCCACUCCUGGGCCAGGAUCUGGCCCUCGACCAACCCAGGCCAAGCUGUUGGCCAAGAAGCGUGUGGUGCGAAUGUUGCUGGUGAUUGUUGUGCUUUUUUUCCUGUGUUGGUUGCCGGUAUACAGCGCCAACACAUGGCGUGCCUUUGACGGCCCAGGUGCACACCGGGCACUCUCAGGGGCCCCCAUCUCUUUCAUCCAUUUGCUGAGUUAUGCCUCGGCCUGUGUCAACCCCCUGGUCUACUGCUUCAUGCACCGCCGCUUUCGCCAGGCCUGCUUAGAAACAUGUGCCCGCUGCUGUCCGAGGCCUCCACGAGCUCGCCCCAGACCUCUUCCCGAUGAAGAUCCCCCCACCCCCUCCAUUGCUUCACUGUCCAGGCUGAGCUACACCACCAUCAGUACAUUGGGGCCUCCCUGAGGGCUGGGGGAAUGGAGGAUGAGGUAGGACAGACCAUCCCUACCAGCACAGACUCAUUCAGACACACAAGAAACACAAACUCCAUCUGAUACCCAACAGCACGGAUGAAUCCCAGCAGACGGGAAAAGGUAGCUUGAGGAAACAAGAAUGGAACCUAGCCCAGGGAAGGAGGAAUACUUCCAUUAUGGAACUGAGGUUGUACCCCUAAAACUUUUGCACUGAUCUUGGUCAGACACACACAGCAUCCCUAGCAGUGAACUAUCUGGACACAAUAUGGAUUCUGGCAAAAGCGGACCUGUUCCUUGCAUUUAUUCAUGCAUUAACGGCACUGAUUUUUUUAGGGUCUAUGGAGCCUGCCACAGGACUUACUCAGGAUGCCCCUCCCCCCCGUUUGACCUCACUCUGCCCUGCCAGCAUUGAGAAUAAAAACAGGCCUAAUCUCAUACCUAUCUGACCAACAAGCUGGUUAGCACUGAAAAGUCCCUUCAUCUCUUCCCAGUUAAGGACAGUUGCCCUGUCCACUCCUCCCUCAGCAGACCUCUUCAAAAACUAAUAAAU